AUGGAGCCUUCCGCAGACCCCCCCGCCAACCGGCGUCCCAGCUUCGGCAGCCUCCUUCGGCGCUCCAAGAGCGGCGACAUGGGCAAGAAGGCCCAGGCCGCGCGCGAAGCCGAGCUCGAGCGCCAGCGCCAGCGCCGUCCGCCUCGCAUUCCCGACUUUGCCAACAGCACCGGCCAGCAGCUCUCCAAGGCCCUCAGCACACAGCUGCGUCUCGAUCCCGAGCAUUUCGCCUCCAACGGCCCCCAAGUCCCCUACAACGGGCCCAAUCACUUUAACCAGGGCCGCCACGACGGCUCCGUUGGCACCUCCCGCACCUACACCACCAGCGCCUCCCCGCCCCCCAUCCCCGGGCUUCACCAUCCUGUCCAGCCGCCACCCUUCGAUCCAUACGCCGCCACCGAGAGCAUGACGCACCGGGGCAGGUAUAGCUACGCCAGCAGUGCCAUCAGCACCAUUAACAGCCCUAGAAGGGUGCGUCGUCGCAAGGAUCCUACUCCCUUCAACCUCGUAUUCCUCCGCUGUUACACCACCGCUGACUCGACCCCUAGUGUACUCGUCAUUGGCGCCAAAGACUCGGGAAAAACAUCGUUCCUCGAGUUUCUCAAAACUGCCCUCGCCUUGCCUCCCAGGCGCCGUCCUAGGAAGCAGGAACAGCCAGAGUACCAGGCACCGCUUCCUGCCGAAGGCAACUUUGUUCCUCACUACCUCGAGACGGAGAUUGAUAAUGAGAGUAUUGGCCUGACCAUUUGGGACUCGGAAGGCCUUGAGAAAAACAUCGUCGAUCUCCAGCUCCGAGAAAUGUCGGCCUUUAUCGAAAGCAAGUUUGAUCAAACCUUUGCCGAGGAAAUGAAGGUGGUGCGCUCGCCUGGUGUGCAGGACACCCACAUUCACGCCGUCUUUCUCAUGCUCGAUCCCGCUCACAUUGACCGCAACAUUGCCAGCGCUCGCAAGGCGCAAGCGCACGCUGACGGCCACCAAAAUGGCUUUCGCUCCGACAAUGCCAAAAUUACCGGUGCCCUUGACCACGAUAUGGAUCUCCAGGUCCUGCGUUCGCUUCAUAGGAAGACGACCGUGAUCCCUGUCGUUGGCAAGGCCGACACCAUCACUACCAAGCACAUGAACGUCCUUAAACGCGCUGUUUGGGAUAGCAUCCGCAAAAACGGGCUCGACCCACUCGAAACUCUCGGUCUCGAGGACGAUUCCAACAGCGUCAUCAAUGAAGAGGAUGAAGAGGCCGAAGUCGACUCUGAUACACUGCCCCAGGAGAUUGGCGAUGAUUCCCCCACGUCUCCUGAGUUUAACCCUAUCAAGCGCUCCCCCGGCAAACGAGUCUCGUCGCAGAGCAUGAUUCGACACAAGGCUUCGCAAGAAAACAAGGAGGAGGAGCUACCAUUUUUGCCGCUCUCAACCAUCAGCCCCGACCUCUAUGAGCCCAGCGUCGUCGGCCGGGAAUUCCCCUGGGGCUUCGCCGACCCCUACAACGAGAAGCACUGCGACUUCCAGCGACUCAAAGAGGCUGUCUUCAGCGAGUGGCGCACCGAUCUGCGCGAAGCCAGCAAGGAUCAGUGGUAUGAAGGCUGGCGAACUAACAAGCUCAAACACCGCGAAAACUCGUACCGUCGUCGCUAG